GUCAGACUACUUCCAGUCCCACUUCCGGGGCAGUCAAUUGCAGUAUUUAUAGCUGCUAUUCCUCCUACCCAUGGUGUGGCAGCCAUAAGGGUGAUACUUCACGCCCAUCUACCUACAACCCUGCCGAGUUUUUCCAUCCUCCCUCUCGCAGGAUCCCGUCAAUUCUGGGCCAUCAACAUGGCGUCUGCGAUCAAGGAAAAUUCCAUCCACAUGGAGGAGAGCGUGGGCACGGGCGACCUCAAGGCCGCCAUCGCCAUCGACAACGUCCACAACGACGAGGCGAUGACGGUGCUGGCGAGUUACGCGGGCCCGCAGACGUGGGACGACAAGGAAGAACAGCAGGUCCGGAGGAAGAUCGACCGCCGCCUCCUCCCGAUCCUCGUCAUCUGCUACGGCCUGCAGUACUACGACAAGGCCAUGCUCUCGCAGGCCGCGCUGUUCGGCCUCCGCACCGACCUCGACCUCACUGUGGGCAACCGGUUCUCGUUCGCGUCGUCCAUCUUCUACCUGGGCUUCAUUGUCGGGGCCUACCCGGCCAUCAUCAUGGCCCAGCGCUUCCCCAUCGAGCGAGUGGCCGCCGGCAUCAUCCUGGCCUGGGGCGUCUGUCUUAUCUGCACGCCGGCAUGCCACAACUGGCAAGGACUCUACGCGCAGCGGUUCUUCCUCGGCUUCAUCGAGUCGGGGGUCAGCCCGAUGUUCAUGUUGGUCGUGGGCCAGUUCUACAAAAAGAACGAGCAGGCCCUGCGGAUGGGUGUCUGGUACUGUGCGUGCGGCUACGUGUCGAUCUUCUCGCCCCUGAUCAACUACGGCUUCGGGCAUAUCCAGGGCGCCCUGUCCCCGUGGCGCUACAUGUACCUCUUCGCCGGCUCCAUCACCAUCCUCUGGUCCGCGGUGGUCUACUUCUACCUCCCCCCGGACCCGAUCCGCGCGAAAGGGUUCACCGAGCGCGAGCACUUCAUCGCCGUGAGCCGGCUGCAGUCGAACAACUCGGGCGUGCGCAACACCCACUUCAAGAAGGAACAAAUGAUGGAGCUGAUGUUCGACCUCAAAUUCUGGGUCAUGUUCUUGAUGACCCUGUUGGCCAUGUUUGCCAACGCCCCGGUCUCGACGUUCACGCCCCUGAUCAUCUCCGGGUUCGGGUUCAACACGCUGAACUCGCUGCUCCUGGUGGUCCCCGUUGGGUUCUUCACCGGUACUGCCGAAUUGAUCAUUCCCUACCUGGCCUACAAGUAUCCGAAUAUAAGGACAUACCUCGUGGCAGUGUCAGAACUGAUUACCAUCCUCGCCGCGGUCCUGCUCUGGGCUCUCCCGCGACACGCCAUUGGGGGGCUGAUGUUUGGCGUGGUCGUCCUUCCCUGCUUUGCGGCCGGAUAUGUGAUUCAGUUGGGCCUCCAGAUCGCCAACACGGCGGGCUACACGAAGCGCUCUUUGGCGUCGUCGGGGAUCUUCGUCGCCUACUGCAUCGGUAACUUUGUUGCGCCCCUGACGUUCAGGACUCAGGACGCCCCGAUUUACGCCCCGGGGCUGGCGACGGUGGUGGGCACGUCGAUCGCCGUGGUGAUCCUGUCCAUGUUCUACCGUUACCUCUGCAUCAGGGACAACCGGAAGCGGGACGAGACCGGCACGCUCGAGGCCUUUGACCACGCUUACGAGGACGACUUGACCGACAAAACCAACCCGCAGUUCCGGUAUACUUUGUAAGCACCGGGAAAGGAUGGUCUAGCUGGAUGGCUUGCGCUCGAUUCGUUGCAGGGGAGGAGAGGGUGAAUGGCUGCAAUUCAUAGUCC